AAAUGUACUGAUAUGUCAUGUUAAAAAGGCUAAAUGUGAAAAGCACAAGUUCCUCAGUUCCCACGGGUGUGAUAUGAAGAGAUGAGAUGAAAGCUGCACUUGUCACAGCCUCACGAAAACUCACCUGUCACUCACAGCCAUUAUCUGAGGACAAUAGCUAUGUUCACACUUAUAAUAAAGCAAUGAUGAGCAGUCAUGAAAGAACCCGUUAAGAGUAUAUAAAUGGUCAGCUCCGGCUUCAUGUCCACAACGACAGCAAGGUGACCAUACCUUGAACCGCGAGGUUAUUCAACAAGCGAUAUCCUUCAGAGAGUUUUUCUUCAGCUAAAUCGAUUCGAGAUAAACCUUGAACAAAUAUUCUAUAAUUUUGAAAAAAAAAUGACCAGCUUUUUUAUCCUGUUGUCAGUGUUCACUUUGGCUGGCGCUUUCCCUCGCAGCGCCUUUCAACGGGACUUUCACCGACACAUGGCGAAAGAUGUGGAAUCCUCCGGGAAUGGACCAGACGAACCUAUUCGGGGAUCUGUUAGAGUUGUCAAACUAAACCCUCAUCAUUUUAUGCGACGGGCAACCAGUAGUCAUGUGCCGUCCAAAAACUCCCCGAGUCGAGGCGCGUUUCCCGCGUUCUUGGCCCUCGGACGUGCUGGUCCGUCAGCCCUGACCCGUACCAAACCCACGGGCCUGCUCCCUCCGGUGAGCGCGAGCGGCACCGGCGCCGGCGCAGACGCGAGGAGGAAACAGGGUCUCGAGAUGUGGCAGAAAGUCAUGCACAAAAGCGAGCGAAGCAAAGAGGCCGUGGCGCUGCGCAUCAACCCCAAAGACAUGUCCAAACAGAGCUGUGCCGCGGUGCCCUUCACACAGCGCAUAACGGAGGACGGCUGUGAGACGGUGACCGUUCACAAUCAUCUCUGCUUCGGUCAGUGCAGCUCCAUGUUCGUCCCGUCCAGUGGAGAGGCUCGUGCACCAGGAGCUCCGUGCACGCGCUGCGGCCCCUCUAAAUCGCGCUCCGUGCGCGUGCCGCUGCGCUGCGGGACUGAGGUGCGCGAGAGGCGCGUCAUGGUCGUCGAGGAGUGCAAGUGCGAAACUAGCAGUGAAGAGGUCAAAGUGCAGAACACAGAAAUGUAUCAUUUAUAACUGAGAAGGUUUCACUUUAUACAUUAUUCUAAUAUUUAAGUUCACCAAUGGUGAGUGAGUGUGUGUGUGUG